CCAAUCAAAAGUUUGUUUCAACAUUUUUCCCCAAAAGCAAAAAAAAACAAUUGUCCAUUUCUAACGAUUGUUUUAAAACUUAAUGCGAAUUGAAAGCUUAAUUUCAAAAAAUGCCUUGCUUUUCGGCAUGUCAAAGACGUUCGGCCCAUCUAUUCUCGCAACCUUCUACGGGCAGGGCAAAAACUGCCCUUCGCCACAACAACAUCUCGGAAAUACGGUUGCCAAAUUACACCUGUAAAAAAGAUGUGGCUUUCAAUCAAUGUAACGAUAUGUUCUAUACCCAAGGCAUAGCUCCAAAAGCUCCCCGAAAAAGUCGAUACAAAGAGGAGCGCACGGUUUCCAUACCUGCAAAGGAGUUGGAACGCCUAAAAACUGCUUCCAAGGUGGUAUCGAUUGAGGCGCGUCUGGAUGCUCUAAUGAAACGUGAAGAGGAAGCAAAACGCUUGGAGCAGGAAGCAGAACGUGCCAAACAACGCUUCAGGGAAAUGGAUGAGGCCCGUAAGAAACUCGAAGAGGAACGCUCCAAAGAUUUGGCUUCUGAAGAAGUCAAUGAUAAAUCACGAAUUUUGGAGAGGGCUUUCUUAGCCAAGCACGAGCAGGAGGAGGAAGUCAAGAAGGCCAAUCGCAUAAUACUGGAGGCAAAAUGCCACGCUGUCCGCGAUGCCCAGGUGCAGGAGAAGACGUUGAUACAUCGCGAGUUAAAACACGAUGAAGAACGCUUAGAACGUCAAGUAAUAGAGAAUGCUAAAAAAGCCCUCAGCGAGGAAGAUGAAAAGUUCAAUAAGCUGCAUGAGAACAAACAAAAGUAUGCCGAUGAAAUUAAAAAACAACUCUCGGAGAGAGAACACCUGCGAUUCUUGGAAGCAGAACGCAUCGAGCAAGAAGCCCUUAUGCUGCGCAAAGCCAAUGAGGCCAUUAAACACGAUGAAGAAAUUCGCAUCCAGGAGUGUCAAGAAAGACGGCGAAAAUAUCGCGAAGAUUUGGCCAAAGUGGUGGAAAUGUCCAGCCAGUUCCGUAAGAUAUUAUGGCAGCAAGAGCGUGAGGCUGAAAUGAAGGUGGCCGCCUAUAUGAAGGAAAAGAGUGAUCGGCUGCGAGCUUUGCACAAUGAAAAAAUGUUAGCCAAACAAGACUUUGAGCGCAAACAGCAGCGAAUCUACUCAUUGGCUGAAAAGAUACAUCAAUCAAAAUCAGAUCGUGAAGAGAUGUCAUAUAUACGCGAGCAAGAAAAGAUAGAACGCGAGUACAGGCGCAAAGAGCGCGAGGCUGUAGUGCGUAAAAAGCAAAUUGAAAAAGAUUUGGCCGAGGCACGUCAGCGUCAAAUGCAGGAAACUAAACGCCGCCAGGCACUGCAAAUAGCCCGUGCUGAGCAAGACUUCAAUGUGCUUAUCGAUCGCCUUAAGCAGGAGGAGGCCAAGGAUAGAAAAGCCCAACAGGAAAGGGAACGUCGACGUGAAAAAUAUCGCCUUGACAUCAUCAAUCAAAUGGGCGAUAACGAAAUGCAACGUCGUCGCCUCAAGGAGUUGGAGAAGAGCCAAGCCUCUGCUUGGCGAGAAAGCGAACGUCAACGCGAUGCCAAUAUACGAGCAGUUAUCAACGCAAAACUUAUGGCCAUGCGUGAUGCCUGCCUGCCAGAGAAAUACAUUAAAGAUGUGGAAAAACAAUUAUCACGCAUUAUUGGUAGCAGCAACAACAGUGCUCUGCCAAAGCAUUAAUAACAUCAAGAGCCACCACAAGCAAAAUUAAUAACAUACAUAUCCAAUACAAAAAUUCUAACAGUUAACCAAACAAUUUUUAAAUUGAUCAUAAAAAGUUGCAUUUUUUAUGUGGAUUGUGUUAAGAAAUUUAACACUUGAUGGAUUCCAAUCAGCGCAGGUACUAUUAUUUUAACAUCGCUAAACUUCCGUUUGCAUUAAACAAAUCUCAACAGAAAAUUUAUUUAAACUACAAUUCCAAUUCCACUUUUCUCCUCCUUACACAUUAAGAACAACCACAAGCAAAAUUAAUUACAUACAUACCCAAUACAAAAAUUCUAACAGUUAACCAAACAAUUUUUAAGUUGAUCAUAAAAAGUCGCAUUUAUUGUGUGGAUUGUGUUAAGAAAUGUAACACUUGGUACUAUUACUUUAAACACCGCUAAUCUUCCUUUCGCAUUAAACAAAUCUCAACAGAAAAUUUAUGUAAACUACAA